AUGACGUUUUCGAGCCCUUUUGUGAAAUGGAAUGCGAUUGGCGUCAAAGUCUCUCCACAGCUCUCUUCUUACAAGGACAUUCCUCCCAAGGCUUCCUAUUCAACUACUCCAGAAAAUGCUAUUAGCUCAGUUGGCCAAGAAAGAAUUGCUCUCAAAUGCUUUUUACAUCAAAUCAAUGGAACAGAUGGUGCAAGUUCAAGUAUGUGUUUUGUAGAAACGCAGGUACUUGAAGCAGUUGAUGAUGAGUAUGGGGGAGUUAUUAUUAAUUCAGAAAGUUUACCAUCCAAUCCAAUUGUGUUUGCUUCCAAACUCCGUUCAGCUCUGUCUCACUGGAAAAGAUUUCGGUACCACCAUGCUGAAGUAGGAUACGUCAUGAUGACGUAUUGGAUUCCUGAAGGACCUAGCAUGCUUCCUGCUAAUGCUUCUCAUCAAGUUGGGGUUGGGGGUAUUGUUAUCAAUGACAAAAAUAAGUCAGAGGAGAUCUUUACGGGAGCUGUAAGAGAAGUUAAGGAGGAAACUGGUAUCGACACUGAAUUUGUGGAAGUUAUAGCUUUCAGGCAUGCUCACAAUGUGGCUUUCGAAAAGUCAGAUUUGUUCUUCAUUUACAUGUUGAGACCUCUGUCAACUCAGAUCAUGGUUGAUGACCUCGAAAUUCAAGCAGCCAAGUGGAUGCCUUUAGCUGAGUUUGUGAAGCAGCCACAGAUCCAAGAAGACUGCAUGUUUAAGAAAAUCGUUGACAUUUGCAUCGCAAGGCAGGGGAAACGUUACUGUACAUUAUCUGUUCAUCACUUGGUUUCCAAAUUUGAUGGAAAACUAUCUUCCCUGUACUAUAACACAGUUUGA